AUGGCAAUUAGAAGAGAUGUAGAUCCUAGAGAGCGACGUGGCGCACCAGUAUGUCAAACUCGAUCAAAUGAGUACUUCGUUCCCAAGGAUGGCAUUGAUCGGGAAGUCAUCACUGCCGACAUCUGUCGCUACCUCGGAAACGAUGCUCUAGUCCGACCAGGAAACUAUGAGAACCCUUCGACACGAUCUAUUCAGCAAGGCUACUACAUAACUGCUUACCGUAAUCUAACGAGUGCCAUGAUAGAGGAUCUUAAGGCAGACUCAGAAAGGUGGGAUCAAGAGCGUCGCGCGGCCACUUCAAGAGGAAACGUCGGUUACACACAGUCUCGCACGCACGAAUCACGACAACAUUGGGGGCCGACAGGUGAGGUAACUUCAAAUUAUGUGUCUACAGUUCCCUCAGCAUGUUCCCAGCCUGGAUAUGACCAAUAUCAUCCCUCUAGCUACCCCCAACACAUUUCCGGAGGAUACAGCCAACCAGUCGCGGCAUCAUCUUUCCCACAGGAGAAUCACUUCAUAGCAGGAUCUAAUAUGGGUAUUGAGCAUCCGCGCGGGUACCCUCCUCCUGGAUGUGAUAAUUCUCGAAUAAAUGGUCCUCAAUAUGUACAAGUCCAGCACCUCCCACAAUAUUCCUCUCAAAUUCCGGAACCUAAUUACGGUCGUGGCCUAUACCCUCAACCAAUGCCGCUUGGCCCUAACCAGCGUCGAAGUCACGAAGAUCCUAAUUUUCCAUUACCUGCCGUCGCACCUGCAUCUUCCUAUCCGGAUGAGAGGAAACCACACUAUACCUUACCAGGCCCUAAACCGGGAUAUGGAAGUGCUUAUAACUUGAGAGAGUCUUACGGUGAGCGAAAAUACCAGGAACCAGGACCAUACCCUACCACAAUGGCUGUUUCUAGUAAUCCACCUCUUCCAAACCUGCCCAGGAGAGAACGUGACCGGGAGCUGGAUAUUCGUGAUAGUAGAAAUCACCGCGAUCCUGGCCGUCGUCGUUAG